GCAAGCUGAGAAAAACGGACCCGUAAAAACAAGUGAGAAUAUUUGUACGCCGUGCUGAAGUCGUUGUACUGUGGAAGGCCCUUGCAUUCACCUCCUCUACCGCAAAAAUGGCUCAAUUGCCGGGGUACGAUCCUUACUACGUAACUCAACCAGUAGUAUAUGGUUACAACAGCAAUGAGCAAAAUGAUAUAAAAACGCUGUUUGUAUCUGGACUUCCUGACGAUGUUAAAGCUCGUGAGAUUCAUAACCUCUUUCGCCGGCGUCAUGGUUUUGAAUCUUGUCAACUCAAAUACACUGGUCGAGGAAAUCAGGUUGUUGCCUUUGCUACUUUUAUUGAUCAUCCAUCAGCAAUGGCAGCCAUGCAUGCCCUGAAUGGUGUAAAGUUUGAUCCUCAAACUGGAUCCACCUUGCAUAUUGAACCGGCGAGAUCAAACUCUAGAAGAAUACAAGUUCCGGGAAGAGGACCUUAUGUAGUUAUUGACAACAGAAGCAAGUUCAACAAAGAUGACAAAGACACAUCAGGCGAUGAAGGUGAUAUGGAUUCUGAUCCUUCCGAGCCGGACUAUUCUGAUUCUGGCACAAAUGAUGAUUCUUCGGAAGAGAAACGGGAGGAGAAAGUGGUGGAGCCUGACCAGGCUUUGGACCCGAAAAGUGAACAAAACGAGAAGACAACAGAUGGUGCACAACCAUGCUCCACUCUGUUUAUUGCCAAUCUUGGUCCAAAUUGCACUGAGGAUGAACUGAAGCAAGUUGUUUCUCAGUAUCCUGGAUUUAACACCCUCAAGGUGCGUGCAAGAGGCGGGAUGCCUGUUGCUUUUGCUGAUUUUGAGGGCGUUGAACAAGCAACUGAAGCGCUGAAUGCACUUCAAGGAAGCACAUUACCAUCUUCUGAUCGGGGUGGCAUGAACAUAGAGUAUGCGAGAUCCAAAAUGAGGAAGCCAUAGAUGCCUUUUAUGGUAAAACAACAAUUGUCUCAAUGGUUACCGACUUACUGGCUACUCACUGCUGAGCUGAAGAUUUUUGCGGUGCUUAGUUUCCCCGAUGUCUCUCUGUGUUAUAUGUGUUAGUAUAGAUUUUAGAGCGUAUUAGGUUUCUUAUAGACAAAUUGGAUAUCAAUCUUAAAACAAUGUCGCGCGUGCAAAUGCAGUUAAUUUGACUACUGUCUAGCUGACUUCACAUGGACUGCAACUAAUUAAUCUAAAUGCUCAUUGACUCUAAAAGAA